GCAUUAACUCCUACCUGUUCAUUUUCCCCUUACCCCUUCCCUUCUCAUCAUCAAUUCAAACCCACCAUCUCUCUCUCUCUCUCUCUCUCUCUCUCUCUCUCUCUCUCUCUCUCCCCUUCAUCCUGUUCCUUUCUCCCCCCUCAACAUCUAUUCUUCUUUAAUUCUAUUCACAAGAAAACUUCACCCACCUACCAAACCAGCUACCGGAAAACCACCCAUCUUUAUAUAUCUAUAUGUAUGCUUCACUCUGUAUCCCAAAAGGUGGUUUACCAUUGACCCUUUAGUCUAAAAACCAGAUCUCUUGCACCCCUUCUGGUUUUUAACCUAAAUAGGGUUUCUUAACUCUUCAAAAUCAACUGUUGCAAAACCAUAUAGCUGCUGAUUCAAAGAAGUCUAAAAAUUUAUUAUCUGGUUUGUGAAUCAAGAGAAGAGAAGAUGUUUCAGCCAAACAUGUUCGAAAGUCAUCACCAUCUACUGGAUCAUAUGAGCCACCACCACAAAACCCCGGAGGACAGUGAUCAUCAACUAGAUAUGCUGAGGGAUGAGGAGUUUGAGAGCAAAUCUGGUGGAACUGAUAUCCUCGAAAACCCAUCCGGAGACGAUGAACAAGAUCCUAAUCAACGUCCUAACAAAAAGAAGCGUUAUCAUCGUCACACUCAACAUCAAAUUCAAGAAAUGGAAUCCUUUUUCAAGGAGUGCCCUCAUCCUGAUGAUAAGCAAAGAAAGGAACUUGGUCGAAGAUUAUCAUUGGAGCCUUUGCAAGUCAAGUUCUGGUUCCAAAACAAGCGUACUCAAAUGAAGGCUCAACAUGAACGCCAUGAGAACACACAGCUGAGGAACGAGAAUGAAAAGCUCCGUGCAGAUAAUGUAAGAUACAAAGAAGCUCUCACCAACGCUACUUGCCCCAACUGUGGAGGCCCUGCUGCUAUAGGAGAGAUGUCGUUUGAUGAACAGCAUCUGAGGAUUGAGAAUGCCCGUUUAAGGGAGGAGAUUGAUAAGAUAUCUGGAAUAGCUGCAAAAUACGUUGGCAAGCCUAUGCAGACCAUGCUUUCGAGUUCAUUUCCUCAUGCUCCAUCAAGAUCUCUUGAUCUUGGAGUGGGGAGUUUCGGACCUCAGUCAGGCAUCAGUGUUCCUGACAUGUUUGGAGCUGGAGACCUUCUCAGGUCAGUUGCUGGGCCUAGCGAGGCUGAUAAGCCCCUUAUAAUUGAGCUAGCAGUUGCAGCAAUGGAGGAGCUCAUCAGAAUGGCUCAAGCUGGAGAACCCCUGUGGAUACCAAGCACAGACAUUGGGAUUGAGUGUUUAAGUGAAGAUGAAUACUUGCGUAAUUUUCCUAGAGGCAUUGGACCGAAGCCCAUGGGAUUGAAAUCUGAGGCAUCAAGAGAAUCUGCAGUUGUUAUCAUGAAUCAUAUCAACCUAGUGGAAAUCUUGAUGGAUGUGAACCAAUGGUCAACUGUGUUCUCCGGUAUUGUUUCAAGAGCAAUGACCAUCGACGUUCUUUCAACUGGUGUGGCUGGAAACUAUAAUGGAGCCUUACAAGUGAUGACAGCUGAGUUCCAGGUUCCGUCACCAUUAGUUCCCACUAGAGAGAACUACUUUGUCAGGUAUUGCAAGCAGCAUGACAAUGGUAUUUGGGCUGUUGCUGAUGUUUCUCUGGACAAUUUGCGUCCUUCCUCCAUAUCUCGAUGCAGAAGAAGGCCCUCGGGAUGCUUGAUUCAGGAACUUCCUAACGGUUACUCAAAAGUUACAUGGGUGGAGCACGUGGAAGUAGACGACAGAGCUGUUCAUGAUAUAUACAGAUCUCUAGUCAACUCAGGUCUUGCUUUCGGUGCAAAACGUUGGGUAACAACACUGGAUAGGCAAUGUGAACGCCUUGCGAGUGCCAUGGCAAACAAUAUUCCAGCAGGAGAUGUGGGAGUGAUAACAACUCCUGAAGGGAGAAAGAGCAUGUUAAAGUUGGCAGAGAGAAUGGUGUUGAGCUUUUGCACUGGUGUUGGAGCCUCUACUGCACAUACGUGGACAACUUUAUCUGGAAGUGGUGCCGAUGAUGUGAGGGUCAUGACCAGAAAAAGUAUAGAUGAUCCAGGCAGGCCUCCGGGUAUUGUGCUCAGCGCUGCAACUUCUUUUUGGCUUCCUGUACCUCCUAAAAGGGUGUUUGAUUUCCUCAGGGACGAGAACUCCAGGAGCGAGUGGGACAUCCUUUCAAACGGUGGACUAGUUCAGGAAAUGGCACACAUUGCUAAUGGCCGUGAUCCUGGAAAUUGUGUCUCCUUGUUACGUGUUAAUAGUGCAAACUCAAGCCAAAGCAACAUGCUCAUACUACAAGAGAGCUGUGCGGAUUCUACUGGAUCAUAUGUCAUAUAUGCUCCAGUUGACAUUGUUGCUAUGAAUGUGGUCUUGAGUGGAGGCGAUCCUGAUUAUGUUGCUCUACUCCCAUCUGGAUUUGCUAUACUCCCUGAUGGUCCUGGACAGAACGUCGGAGGAAUUUUAGAGGUGGGCUCUGGUGGAUCCUUGCUCACUGUUGCAUUUCAGAUUCUGGUUGAUUCAGUUCCAACAGCAAAGCUCUCACUGGGAUCUGUGGCGACCGUAAACAGCCUCAUCAAAUGCACAGUAGAAAGGAUCAAAAGUGCAGUAGUUUGUGAUCCAAAUGUUUGACCUAAGGGUCAUCCAUUAUAAGAUAGAGUAGUGACAACAAGAAGAAAGGCUAUGCAAGCUUCGUUUACUGCUGGUUUUAAAACCAAGUGAGAAAGUCAAGAACGCACCUUGUACGUCCUUCUCCUGGUGUUCGUUGAAGGUCAUGCAGCGGCAAACAACAGUAUCGCCAGUCAGUGGUUCGGGCAUUGACUUAGCUCAUGGAAGAUCAAUGUAAACUUAGCUUACAUAAACCAAAACUUCUGUUAACUAUGUUUCCUUUUAGACUUAGUGUAAUUGUUUUUGGGAGUCAUGCUUUUUCUGAGGUUUCUGUUGGUAAACUUUGAAGCCUCAGCUCUUGGGUUUUGGCUUUGAACCAACUCAUUCCUUUUUGCUAUGUGAAGUAAACUAGUUUGUCUGGUGUAGACCUUGUUUUAAACUGAUUUAUUUUCAUAAUGUGAGACCUUAUGUUGCUCCAA